AUGAAAAAAAUCAAAACGAGUCAAGAAAACCUUAGCUACCUUUUAAAUGAACAUAUUAAAUAUUUAAGACGUUAUUUGAGGCACCUAGAACUUCGCGAACCUUCAAAAAAUUCAGUCUUAUGGAAUUUUGUUAAUAACGAAAUUGAAGUAACAAAACGCCAUAAAGAACAAGUUGACCAAUCCAAAAAAACAACUGAUUAUGAGAGAGAAAUAAGAAUGCCUAAUCGAGAAAUCAGCCGUCUUCAACGAACCAUCAAGGAACUUGAGAAA